UUAUGCUCUCACGAGCGAGCUGUAAGGCAUAGGCAGUUGUCGCAUAUGGGUAUAUAAGACCCAAGCCCUCAGGCACGUUUGCUGCUUUCUUACUUCAUGGGUGAUCCGGGUGAUGACGAUUCGGAUUUUGAGCAAGAGCAGGGUUGGUUCGCAAUGCAGGAGGAAGAGGGGGUCAAGCUGCCGAAUUUCAAGGUUGCUCGGGAGGUCCGGACUCAAUGGAUUUUGGAUAUCAUCGAUUCGAACCUGCCACCGGAGGUGAAGUACCGCGGGUAUGUCGCGUUUGAGGAGUUCACUUUUGGUUUCGAUGAGCUCGAGCUCAAGCUCAUGGUGAACCUGCGGGACAUUCUUCAGCCGAUCGUCAGUCUGGUAAAGAACCAUGAGUAUCAGCUCCCCCGUAAGGUCAUUGACGGCAUACGAUUCGCACUGCGGAAUGCGAUUUCGGACGAGAUCGCCAAGUGUGGAAAGAAGGUAUCCGUCUUUGACUUUGGACUAAUCAUCCUGCGCCUUAUCGAAGAGACUACGAGCUUUCUUCUGGACUAUCGUCGGGGCAUCUUGCGCAAGACUCUGAAGGAGAAGGAGACGUACUGGGAUCUGCGCAAAAUCAACAACCUUGAUCCCCUCCUCGAUCACAAGCUGAAGAUGAAGGGCCUUGACCUGGAGACCGUCCACGGCGCCGCCAGCCACAUCCUCGGAAAGACUCCAGCCCAGAUUUGCGCUGACAUCGACCCGAACUACCGGAUCCUUCACUGCGAAAACAUCUUGCGCUCUGAUCUGGCCUCCAAGUUUCUCCAAUAUCAGCAGACUCUCCGCGACAAACUGAUGAGAGUCCCAGUCAAGGACCUCAAGGCCUUUGUCCCGCGAGAGAAACAACGCCGCUAUGGCGAUGGACAAGCGGCCAAAGAACAGCUUGUCGAGCACUUAACUAAAACCCGCACCACCUUCCACGGGACGCGCCGCGACCUCGUCCCCUCCAUCGUUCAACACGGUUUCUUGAAACCUGGAGAUAUCCAUCCAGCGACCAAGAAGCGGCUUCCUGUCUCUAACGGCACCGCAUACGGCCGCGGCAUCUACUCAUCUCCAAAAGCAUGGUACGCGCUUAGCUACACCGGGUGGGGCCAAGAAAGGACAAAACCAUCGGAGCUCCCUGGAAUGAAGCUCCUAGUGUGCGCCACAGUCAUGGGCCGAACCGCCUGCCUGGAGAGGGGCGAUGACUGGUGGGAGCUCGACGAGCCCCUCCACGGCGCCGAUUCGCACGUCAACGAGAGCCAGUGGGCUUACAUUGUCUUCAACAGUGCUCAGAUCCUGCCAUGCUAUGUGAUCCAUCUUGACUGGGCUCCCGCAGAAGAAGAUGGCUUCUACCAAUGGUUCAUGCGGACGAUGAGCGGAGUUCCCUCGAAGAAGCCGCCCGCGAAAGGCGACAUCGGUCCUGGGGAGAAGCAACGCAACCGGGAGCAGCUCAUUGCCCGCGGCCAGAAGUUCUUCGCUUAUGGAUAUGGACCCGUCGAUGGCAAGAAGCUGAUCAUCGAAGAUGUCGCUGAGGUCGAUGACGAUGAAGAGGAGUAUGGCGAGUAUCAGGAGACGCGGAUCGAUGCGCGGCCGGCGAAUACGAGUAUCUGGGAUACGCACUGGGGCAAGGAAGAUGAAGGGACUGAGCAAGAUGUCUGGAAUCAGUUCGAGCUGGAGGGGGAAACUGAGUACAGCAGUGCGCGGAGGGCCAACUUGAACAGACGGAAUCUGAGAUCAAGCUGAUGCCGCGAAUACUAAACGUCACAUAUUCUCUCCCGGGCGGAAGGGACCGCGACGUCGGGUUUUUCGUGAUAAUCCGUGGAAUUCUCUACUUCACCAAGGACCUGCAAGAUCUCUUAACCACGCAGCGACAUCACAGCCCCGAGCAUUCUUCCAUAGCAUAUAAAUACUUAGAGUGUGUAUCUCCGUUCCCCAAACUUCUCAUUGCCUCCACAAUCUCCUUGGUAUCUUGAUCUCGCCUACCCCC